GCUAGGAGGAGAAGAGGUAGAGGAACGAGCACACAGUGGACCACAAGGCAGAAGGUCAGCAGUGUACUCGGGACAAAAUCAGACUCAGUGGACCCAAGGGAUGGGAAUAUUUUGUGCAGGGCUUUAUAUAGUUAAAGCUGGGGCUGCAGUCAUAUGUAAUUAUGAAUGUAACAAGGCCGACCCCUGCGUCCUAUGUCUAGCAGCAGCAUCUUGGGUGAAGUCAACUGUUUCCCUUUUUUCCAGAAGCUUCGACAGAGCCUCUUUGGAAAUACCAGCCACGUCUUCAGCUGGGACUGGAGAAAGGCCCGCUUCAAAAUCCAUGAUCCUUUCUCGGACCUGGCUUCCAUACUGGAAGUGGAAAAAGGAGGUGCCCGGAGUGUUCAGAUGGCUGUACAAGGAUUCAUCAUCAAAUAUUUGUUAUUUACCAGAAAAGGAAAAGACUGUAACUUUAACAGCUUAUGUGAGCUGAGCAAGCCCGAGCAGGAGCAGGCCCUGGCUUUGGCACUGGCUGGCAUCCUAUGGAACGCCGGAGCAGCUCAGAAGGCCACCGUCUGUCUUGUCACUGAGGACACUUACAUUGCCUCAAGCCCUGAUUACUGCAGGGACGGUUUCACCGAACAGCUCCAGCUGUUUGAAUUUUCAGAGAGAGAAGCCGCUGAGAAAUUCAUCUAUGAUCAUUUACAAUGUUUUAAAGAGGAAGGAAGCCAUGGUGUUAUCCUAUUUCUUUACAGCCUAAUCUUCUCCAGAACAUUUGAGAGGCUUCAGAAGGACCUGGAUGUCACCACCACCCAUCUGCUACAGCCACAUGCUGGAGGCUUCCUCUGCAGACAGGCAGUUCUGAACCUGGUUUUAACUGGAAGAGCAAGUCCAAAUGUCUUCAACGGCUGCGAGAAGGGAGAGUCCCAGGAGAGGUUACAUGGAGUCCUGGCCCGCAGUGAGAUUGGCUAUUUGCAGUGGUGUCAGGACAGCUCUGAGGACAACAGACUCUCCCAGGUGGGCAGCAUGCUGAAGACCCCUAAAUUUCCUAUUUGGCUGUGCAACAUCAAUGGAAGGUACAGCAUCCUUUUUUGCACCAACAGACAGCUCUUAUCGGACUGGAAAGUGGAGCGUCUCUUUGAUCUGUAUUUUUACAGUGGCCAGCCCUCGCAGAGAAAGCUGGUGCAGCUUACCAUAGAUACACAUGCCCAUCACUGGGAAAGGGCCCAGAAUGAAGAUAAACACGGACCAGGAAGACGAUGUUCGCCAGUGGAGAUGGCCAUCAGAACCAAGUGGAGAGAGGCUACCAUCAACUGGAAUGGGACUUAUCCCUUUUUCUGA